AUGUAAGCACCUUGCAUCUCAACACGUAGUACCAUCUCUCUCUCUCGAUCGAUAGGUCCCAUUCCCACCCAAGAUGCAGCAGCUCUCGGCAGCCUGCCGUGUCCUCCCCCUUGUCCUCGUAGUGCUGCUCCUCUCAGCCACCGGCGCCGCACCGGUCGGUGGCGACACGGCGGCAUUGACGUCGGCGGCCGGCGGCAACCCCUCAGCGCCGACGUCGGCGGUGGACGAGACCAUAGAGACGUACCUCUGCCACAUCUGCCUCGGCCGCGACCUGUUGAACAGGAGGCUCUGCCCCACCUACUGGCCCAACUGCCACGCCCUCUGCGACCCGCACCCGCCGCCCGCCCCCGGGUCUCCUGCAUUGCCGGCCCUCCCCAACCGCGAUGACCCGUGCUACGUCGUGAAGAUAUACAACAACAACACCCACGCCAUCGUCCAGUACCUGGACUGCAAGCUGACCCGCUGGUGCUCCCUCACUUGUGGCGGAGGCGACGACGUGGGAGCCAUGGGUGCUGCCGCGACCUCCCCCGUGCCAGCAGCUCCGCCGUCCCUUCAGCUUCAGGGUAUGCCGCCGCCGCGCGUCGCGGAAAUGAGGGUGUGCAACUCGCAGGGAACGGCUCGGGGUCGACCUGUCCCCGGUGGCGCGCGCGCACGCUCUCGGCUCGGAUGAAUGCGCAUAUCUGCAUGUGUUGUGAUCCCACGAUUGUUCUCCAAGUUUAUAUUUUUCCUUUUUUGAAAGAUCAAGUUUACAUCUUCGACAGGCAAAAUAAUACUAGUAGUAGUACCAGCUUAAAGAUGUGGCAUCAAAAUGGUAGGGAAUAAUAACGGAGCACCGUGCUCUGUUCAUACGCGCCUCCCAUGGUUUUAUAUGUAACGAACGCUUUCGAAUUUAAACGGACCUCGCUUGCUAA